AUGCCUUGCACACAAGCUACCCCGUCUGGUAACGGCCGCCCAAAACGGAGCAAUUACGGCCUUGAUCUUGACGCUCUCAUUGUUGGAGCUGGAUUCUCAGGAUGCCUGCUGUUAUACAAGCUCCGAGAAGAGCUGAACCUGAAUGUCCGUGUUUUCGAGGAAAGCUCCGGCCUUGGCGGAACGUGGCACAACAACCGGUCGACUGCCCCGUGCCGGGCUACGAGUUGUCCAUGGAGAGGGCCUGGAGAAACUGGACGUGGCAGGAGAAAUACCCCGGCUACGCAGAGCUCCAGUCGUACUUCGCUCACCUUGACAAAGAGCUGUCUCUCAGCAAGGACUGCGUGUUUAACUGCAAGGUUGUCCUGGCUGAGUUCGAUGAGGACAGUGCCCGAUGGUACGUGGAAACUGCGAGCGGCACAUGGGUCCGCGCCAAGUAUCUUAUCCCCGCCAUCGGCUUUGCCUCGAAACCGCACAUGCCGGCUUGGACUGGCCUAGACUCGUUCCGUGGGCGGAUCUACCAUUCGUCUGCGUGGCCUGCGAACGGUAGCGGUGGUUGCGGUGUCGAUGUUCGGGGCAAGCGGGUUGCGGUCAUUGGAACGGGCUCGACGGGGAUCCAGAUUAUCCAGCAAUGGGCCAAGGAAGCCGACGAGGUCUAUGUGUUUCAGCGAACACCAAAUACCGCAUUGCCGAUGCGUCAGGAGCGACUCCUCGAUUCCUCCGUGCAGAAGCCGAAUUCCGAGGUCUCUGAGCUGAAGCGGCGGGACGUGUUCAAAAAGUCAUUAAAUACAUUCGGAGGCCUGUCAACUGACUGCAUCUGGCGAGACGCCAUGGAUGACACGCCGGCCCAGCGGGAAGCGACGUACGAGCGCUUAUACGCCCAGGGCGGCUUGGGAUUCUGGAAUGCCUCAUACCAGGACCUCAUGAGCAAUGCGGAGGCCAACCUCGAAGCGUAUUGCUUCUGGGCGCGCAAGACACGUGCACGUAUCGACGACCCAAAGCUCAAGGACCUGCUCGCACCACUAGCGCCACUGCAUGCAUUUGGUGCGAAGCGGCCGUCGCUGGAACAGGAUUUCUACGAGCAGUUCAACAAGCCCCACGUUCAUUUGAUAGAUGUCCGAGAAACGCCGAUCCUAGGACUCGCCCCAUCAGGUAUCAUGACAAACUCUGGGACCCACGAGGUCGAUAUCAUUGCCAUUGCCACGGGAUUCGAUUCUGUAAUUGGUGGGAUAAGGGAAAUGGGUAUCAAGGACGCUGAUGGCGUUCCGCUCCACCAUCGGUGGGACCAAGGAGGAAUCUCGUCCUAUCUCGGUAUGAUGGUCAGCCGGUGUCCGAAUAUGUUUUUGCCCUAUAGCGCUCACUCUCCGUCCGUAUUCUCGAACGGGCCUACCACGAUCGAGCUACAGGCUUCUUGGAUCAUGGACGUUAUUAGGCAGAUGGAGAGGCGCCAUGUGGCUUUUAUUGAUGUAAAGAAGGAGGCAGAACAAGCCUGGAUAAACGAGGUAGCAGAUGCCGCGGAGAACACAUUAGUUCCCACGGCUAACUCAUGGUACAUGGGCGCGAACAUUCCGGGGAGGCGGGUAGAGCCACUGUCUUUCAUGGGGGGUCUGCCUCGCUAUCGACAAAGGUGUCGGGAGGCUCUGGAUUCCGAUCUACAUGAUUUCCACUUGACUUUUCGUUGA